UGUUCCUCCGUCUGUCCGUCCUGCCUCCCACGCGGGGCAGGAAGGAAGGGACGGGAAGGGAUGUGGGGAAUUUUCUGUCCUGUCGAAAGGGGCAAUUAAAAGUCUUGUGGCUGUUUACAGCAGAGGACUCACAGCUCCUCGGUGACCACUCACAGGACUGGCGCAGGCUGGCUGGGCAAGGGGUGCUGCUCGUCUUCAGCUUCGUCCUUCGGUCAGAGUAGUGAGAAACUGCCCGGAGGGACAGAACUGACUGGGAACUCUUCUGAGGAAAACGUUGGGACAGGCUGGCUUUCUGUCUCCUCACAGGUUCGGUCUGGCUGCUCCUACAAACACGUUGUUUUUCUAAAAAGGAUGCGUGGAGCUGGAUCCUCAGGAAGUGCCUGUUCCACAGGGYUGUGUGCAGUGGCCAUGGGGGUGCCGUGCUGAGCCCGAGGUGAUGCCAGCCCCUGCCCGGCCAUCCUGGCCCUCUGAGGAGUGACCGCGGCACCACGGCCCGGCCCACGCGCUGCAGGGUGGUCAUCUACCUCCAGAAGGACAUGUCUGGGGACACGUGCCUGGGCAGCACCCUGUGCCCAGCCAGUGGGCACAAACCAAAGGCCAGCGGGCUCAAAGGGGGCAGCCUGGGGAACAAAUACGUGCGCCUCAACGUCGGGGGCUCCCUGUACUACACCACCGUGCAGGUGCUCACCAGGCACGACACCAUGCUCAAGGCCAUGUUCAGCGGCAGGAUGGAAGUGCUCACCGACAAGGAAGGCUGGAUCCUUAUAGACCGUUGCGGGAAGCACUUUGGAACAAUUUUGAACUAUCUCAGAGAUGACACAAUUGCACUUCCAAAACACAGGCAGGAGAUCAAAGAGUUGAUGGCAGAAGCCAAAUACUAUCUCAUCCAGGGCUUGGUGGACAUGUGCCAARCAGCCCUGCAGGACAAGAAAGAUUUGUAUGAACCUGUCUGCAGCAUCCCUAUCAUCACCUCUCCGAAAGAAGAGGAGAGACUGAUAGAGUCAUCAAUGAAACCUGUUGUUAAACUGCUUUACAAUAGAAGCAACAAUAAAUACUCMUACACCAGUAACUCAGAUGACAACUUGCUGAAGAACAUCGAGCUCUUUGACAAGCUGUCCCUGCGCUUCAACGGCAGAGUUCUGUUCAUCAAGGAUGUCAUUGGGGAUGAGAUCUGCUGCUGGUCCUUCUACGGGCAGGGCCGCAAGCUGGCCGAGGUCUGCUGCACCUCCAUCGUCUACGCCACAGAGAAGAAACAAACCAAGGUUGAAUUCCCCGAGGCACGGAUUUAUGAGGAAACACUGAAUGUUUUACUGUACGAGACUCCCCGGGUCCCUGAUAACUCCCUGCUGGAGGCCACGAGCCGCAGCCGCAGCCAAGCGUCGCACAGCGAGGAGGACGAGGGCUUGGAGCUGCGCGAGCGCGUGCGCCGCAUCCACGUCAAGAGAUACAGCACCUACGAUGACCGCCAGCUCGGCCACUAGUGUGGCACUGCAGGGGUGCUCCAGCUCAGUCACCAGGGUGACACUGCAGGGGUGCUCCAGCUCAGUCACUAGGGUGACACUGCAGGGGUGCUCCAGCUUGGUCACCAGGGUGGCACUGCAGGGGUGCUCCAGCUCGUGUCCUUUCCUUGGACAGCAGGGAGGAUCCAUUGCACUCUGGCCAUUGAUCUUCACUCACCCAAUGAAGAUCAAACAGGGAUUUGUGCGUACAGAGUGACACUAAAGGCUUGGAGAACUGAGCUGUGCACCUUGUGCUUUACCUGCAAACCAGCCCCUCUUUCUGCUGGAAAAGGGGGAAUUUGGAAUGCUGGUUCUCAGUUUGUGGUUGCUCUUUCCUAUCUUAACAAUUUGCCAGUUUUCCCCUUCCUGUGAGCAGCACUGCUGUUCCUGAGUGAGGUGGUGCUGCUUGAAAAGCUCUUUGCAGACACCUCCCCUUUCAGGGUUUUGUAAAAUGGAACUUGCAGUUAUUAAAUCAAGAUACUGAAGAGAGAACUUGAAUGUGGCUGCUCUUGGCAGGCAUUGCAUGGGAUAASCCCCAGGAGAGACAUUUGGCCGGCCAGUCAGCUGCACGUGUGCUCUCCCACCCCUGUCCCUGCAAACCUUUGUGUUCCCCAAAGUGUCUUUCAAAUCGUUGAUUCCAAGGCAAGAAUCAAAUCAUCAAACAACUUCCCCGUGUGAAAAAAAUGAAAAAUCUCUGAAAAUAUAAAUGUGUAGGUAAUGAUUUGUCAUGGGAAAGGGAGAGGUGGGUAUGGUGAGGGAAGAAACUUGAAGUGAGCAGACUUGAGCAGAUUGUGGCAGUGUUGCCCUGGUUGAGGCUUGUGACAGUGAAAUCCUGUUUAUAUAAACAAGGGCARUCUAGGGAAUUGGUUUUACAUUAGUUUCCUCCUGUGGCCCAAAGUGCUGUUUAAUGUURAAUUUCUCAAGCAGCAGGGGAAAAUUGCAGUGGCUGGGGAAGUACAGGCUAAACAGUGUUUUAUAAGGCUAGGACAUUAAAUUCAAGUUCUAUGUCCUAAGUCCCUUCUGGAGUAUAGAGGCUGAAAAAUAAAAACAGCCAUGAAAAUCUUGUUUUAGUGUGGAACUGUGAGGGGCUUUGGGACAGGAGAGAGGUAGCUUAUACUGGAUUUUAAACUGAAAUAAUCACUUUUAUUCCMAGUGCUUGGCUGGGUGCUAAUUGGACAGGGCACUUCAGGAGGUGGGAGUCAAGUCUGCUCUGCAAAUUUGGUCUCUGGAAACAGUUUCAAGUUUAGCAUGAAAAGCCAUUAUUGUGUUUUUAAACAUUUGCUUGUAUGUUUGAGCUGUAGGUUGCAGACUCCAGUUUUGCCACUGUCAUUUCUGGUUAUUCCUGCUGGCUGCCCACUGAGAGCCCUGGAUUUGCUGGAUGUGUUCCACAGCUGCCUUUAUGUUCCAAUAUCAUACUCAAUCAUGAAGCUCCAGAUUCCAUGGUGGUCAGUCCUGAACUGCUUUGACCAGUGCCAAAUCUGCUUGUAAGAUUUAAAGGAAAUUACUGCAACAGCUUGACAAGAAAAAAAAGUCCCAAAUUAAUGCGGGGAGGUCAUAAGGAGAAUUGAGAUGUGGAUGGUUUGGGAGUGAUAGAAGCAGGGGAGGGAGCAAAACAUUAUUUGCAUUCACUGAGGUUUUUGAAAAUUAAAUUGUUGAGGGGUUAGUAAGAAAACACAGAUUUUCAGGAUUUUCUUGCCUCUAUGUGUGGCAGGAUUCACUUCAUUCUCCUCACAUUCAGGAAGCAGCAUUGCACAGGGAUGCACCUGCUCUGUUGUGAAAGACCUGAAAACUCUGAUAACCCUAACAACCUCUUUUCUUUUAUAUUGCUUUCUGUAAGGUGUUUUUUUUCAGCUGGUUAUUGCUUUGUGCCAGGGAAAAUACAACUGUUGAGAUUAGAUUUUUAUGAUAUUUUUCUCUAAUUCUGCUAGAGUGUGAUGUGGAUUUUUAAAUUUCUUUUCCCUUCACUAAUGCUGUUUAAUUUGAAGGCAUCAACAGAAGCUGCAGCAAUGGGGUCUUUGUGCUGCAUUUAAUAGCUUCAAAUUAUUAUCUUGUGCUUUUUCUAUCUUGCAACAAAGGCUGAUGCUAUUUAAAAUCCACAUGUGGCACUUCUGUUUCUUCUCAAAUUAUUUAUAAAAUCUUUUUCUUGUUACUAUCAUAGUGAAUGUUAACAGAGUAAGUGAUGCUGAUAGCCUUGCAAAACUGCAUUUAACUGAAGUUAUAAACAGAAGAAUGUCCUAUUUGCAUUUAUUUUUUCUGGGGAGGACAGGUAUGGGAAGGAGUGUGUGAAAGAGAAUGUCACAUCUGUGUGCUACUCCAGAGCAUCCUUUCUGCUGUUUUUAAAUAGCAUAAAUUAAGACAAUACAGAUUUCUUUUUAUGUGCUUUUGUCUGCAAGUUGAGGCUUGUACUGGAUUCCAUAUAGACCAUCACAUUAAUGAUGCCCAGGAAUCUGGAGUAACCUUUGGGAGAAAGAAAAGUCUUUUUGCCUCAUUUGUGGGGUGUGAAUUGUAACUACAUUAGCUGACAUUCUUACAGGACUCGCUGUCCUCUUCACUCCUAGAUUUAGGCAAACCUUUGUGCAUUCAGGCACAUUGGCAGGGUGAGGGGAUGAACAGGAACCUUUCCCUGCCAUCCCUGCCCAAUCCUGGCCCAUAGGGCUGCUGGGUGUUUCCCAAAUGGGUGUUCCUACACUGCCACAACCUCAGUCCUUCUCCAGGGAACGAAUCUCAGUGUCCCAUGAGUGUCUGCUGGAAAAAAAAAACUUUCCAGGAUCAGUGUUAAUGGGGUGAGUGUCAGAGGAGAUGGCUCAGCUCCAGCCAGAGGUCAAAGCUCACUGCUUAACCCUCACCUUGGCAUUUCAUUUUUGAAACAGGAGACAUUUAUCCUGCUGAAAUGUUCUACUCCACUGACUUUUAUCUUUUGUGUAAAAUAGAGAAUAAGAGAAUAAUAGAGAAUAAGUAAUGGACAUGGAGGAUGUUGGAGGGGCUGUGGUGUUUGAAUGGGCAUUGCUUACAGUGGGCUUGGUUUGAUUUUGUUCUUCUGGAAGGUUUUCAUUUUCAGACAGAAUUGUCUCGAGUCAGUACUGGUGAAUAUAGCUGAAGUGGAAGGGUUACACUGUUAGAUUGUGUCCUCUGACAAUCCCUGGCAUUCAGUCCUGGUGCUGGGAGGUGAGUCCUGUUCCAGCUCUGUCCCUCACUCAGGGACACAUGGCAGGUUCUCUUUUCUCUCUGUGUCACUUCUCAUCUAGUGGAAUAGUAAUAAAACCCUCCCCUACCUCACAGGGUGGUUGACUCUUAAUUUGUUUGAUAAGAGUAAAGGAUUCUUUGGAUUUCUGUGAUAUUUUAUAUCCGGAGGAUAGCAAAUAUGGUUGCUGAUCUUGUUUAAACUGACAUUCUGUGAUCAAGUUAUUUUCUUAGAGAUUCGGUUUUUGUUUUAUUUUUAUGCWUUUAAGGGUCAGUCUUACAGAUAAAGUACCUAGUUAAUACAGUAAUGAAUCAAUUAUCUGUUGAUUAAAGUGUUUCACCAGUGCAUUAAAUGGAACAGAACACUAAUUUUUAAUAAAGUGUUAUAUUUUGUCUUCUGUGA